GACUGGGCGCUGGAGCACAACUCGGCGAUGGCCACGAUUGGAUUUGCCAUUUUCCUCGGAUUCGUCGACGACGUAUUGGAUUUGCCAUGGAGAGCAAAGAUGAUCCUUCCGGCGUUUGCGGCGUUGCCGCUGCUGCUUUCCUACGCCGGUAGCACCACCAUUUUGGUGCCUAGGCCCAUUCGGCGACUGCUCGGGGAUGAUUCAGAUCUGCUGGAGCUCGGCUGGAUCUACUACCUGUACAUGUUCCUCAUGGUCAUCUUCUGCAGUAACAGCAUCAACAUACACGCAGGAAUCAACGGGCUUGAAGCUGGUCAGAGUGCGGUCAUUGCCGCGGCCAUCGUGCUCCUCAACGUGACCACCAUCGUCGCGACGGGAACGUACGAGGAGGCAGACCCUUCCAUCCGCUCUCUCUCCAUGCCGGAAGCUAUCCAAAGGGCAAACAUGCUGAUGAAGACACUGGGAAGCAAGAGUUCAGUGGCGCUGAAGGCUGUGAAGCAGGCGGAGAGGUUGAUUGCGCAGAAUGACGCAGGUAUGCAGAUGCAUGAGGCGCAUAUCUUCUCACUCUGCCUCUCCGCGCCUUUCCUCGCUGUGACACUCGCACUGAUGGCGCACAACUGGUAUCCGAGCAAGGUUUUCGUCGGCGACACGUUCACGUACUUUGCUGGCAUGUCGCUUGGGGUAGCGGGAAUCCUCGGACACUUCAGCGAGACGCUCGUGCUGUUCUUCCUGCCGCAGAUCGUCAACUUCUUGUACUCCUCACCGCAGCUCUUCAAGAUUGUACACUGUCCGAGGCACCGACUGCCCAAGCUGGACACGGAAACUGGGCUGUUGCAUCCGUCAAAGGCGACGGAGACGCACUACAACAUGAACCUAGUCAAUCUGUUCCUCAGAAUAUUGGGUCCACAAACAGAGCGAACGUUAUGCAUGGCGCUGCUGACGCUGCAGGCGGUGUGUUGCAUGGCGGGGUUCGGCGUCAGAAUUGUGCUUUCUGGCAAAUGGAAGUGAAGCAUCAGUGCAUAGACUGAUCAUUCAUUGAAUCCUAAUUUAAAUCUAGUAGCUAGCC